GUAUGAGGACAGUCUCAGCAUCACUAUCUGACUCAGCCAUCCCCUGCACCACAGAGAAAGAGACCCUGAAGCUCCCAUUGGAUCCCUCCACCUCCACUGCCAGACCCUGCUGCUUCUCUGCAGCGAUGAACGCCGAGAGCUGCUGGGAGUAGCUCCUCAGCUGUGUGUGUCUGAACUGAUACAGAGGGGUGACGUAUGACAGCUGCCACUCUGUUUUCACCAGCAAGGCCAGCUGCUGUGGACUGACUUUCUCCUGUGAGAAUGGAAGAACAACAGAGACGGUGAGCAGUGUGUGCAGCUUUCAGAUGGUAAACACAAAGACUUAAGGCGUGACUCCACUCACGGUGAUGUUGUGGGACUUUGGGGCCCGUCUGCUGGUGUUGAGCCUCCGUGUCGUCAGUGCUGGAGCAGCACCUAUGCAGCUGCGGACGGACUGUCUGUAGCUCUUACUCCUCCUCUGGACCUGGACACCGCUGAGGGGAGUCCUUGAAAUACUGGAAAAUAAUCCAUCAUUCCAGAUGGUAUCACACACUAUCAAAGCAGGAAGGCCUUGAGGUGGUUUUCAAACGAGAGUCAGAGUUGCAGAUGUUUGGAGGGAGAGAGUUCCAGAGAGCCGGGGCAGCGAUGGCAAAGGCUCUGUCCCCCAAGGUGCGGUGCUUGGUCUUUGUGAUAGAGGACUGGAAGUUGGCAUCUGAUGAUCUGAGGCGAGAUGGGGAGUGUCAGCGUUUGAGGAGGUCGGUCAGCGCCCUCUGGAAACGAAUCCUCCACCUUCAUUUUCUCCAGCCCUCCAUCUGUCCCCAAACGUCUCUGAUCUGAGCCUCAUGUGUGUGUUUGUGCGGACACCUGUGAGCUGAACUGAAUGGAGGGCAGCUCAGCAGCACAUACACUGCCAUACAUACAGUAUGAUGACCACAUCGGCAGCCAAUCAGCUCAUCGGAAGCCGCUGCUGGGCUUCGACCAAUGGGGGAAGCUUGCGGGUGAUGUGAGAGCAGAAGGGAUGCAGCACCAUGGAAACUGCAGAGGGGUCCCUUCAGCGUGGUGAGGCGCUGCAUCAACAGGGACACGGGCCAGCAGUUUGCCGUGAAGAUCGUGGACGUGGCCAGCUUCACCUCCAGCCCUGGACUCAGCACAGAAGAUCUGAAGCGAGAGGCCAGCAUCUGCCACAUGCUGAAGCACCCUCACAUCGUGGAGCUCCUGGAGACCUACAGCUCUGAUGGCAUGCUCUACAUGGUCUUUGAAUUCAUGGACGGAGCUGAUCUGUGUUUUGAAAUCGUGAAGAGAGCUGACGCCGGGUUCGUGUACAGCGAAGCAGUAGCAAGCCACUACAUGAGGCAGAUUCUGGAGGCCCUUCGGUACUGCCAUGACAACAAUGUGAUUCAUCGUGAUGUGAAGCCUCACUGUGUGCUGCUGGCCUCCAAGGAGAACUCUGCCCCCGUCAAGCUGGGAGGGUUUGGAGUCGCAAUCCAGCUGGGGGAGUCCGGAUUAGUCGCGGGAGGUCGGGUGGGCACUCCCCACUUCAUGGCCCCUGAGGUCGUGAAGAGGGAGCCAUAUGGCAAACCUGUGGACGUGUGGGGAUGUGGAGUCAUCCUCUUCAUCCUCCUGUCUGGAUGCCUUCCUUUCUACGGCACCAAGGAGCGUCUGUUCGAGGCCAUCAUCAAAGGGAAAUACAAGGUAAUGAACCCUCGCCAGUGGGCCCACAUCUCAGAGAGCGCCAAGGACCUGGUGCGACGCAUGCUGAUGCUGGACCCCGCUGAGAGGAUCACCGUCUACGAGGCCCUCAACCACCCUUGGCUGAAGGAGAGGGACAGGUACGCCUACAAGAUCCACCUGCCUGAAACCGUGGAGCAGCUGAGGAAGUUCAAUGCCAGGAGGAAGCUGAAGGGCGCGGUGCUCGCUGCUGUCUCCAGCCACAAGUUCAACUCUUACUACGGGGACCCCCCAGAGGAGCUUCAUGACUUCUCUGAUGACCCCACCUCCUCAGGGGCAGUGUCACAGGUUUUGGACAGCUUAGAGGAGAUCCAUGCCUUGACGGACUGCAGUGAGAAAGACAUGGACUUCCUCCACAGUGUCUUCCAGGAUCAGCACCUUCACACUCUUUUAGAUCUUUAUGAUAAAAUCAACACCAGGUCGUCGCCACAGAUCAGAAACCCUCCAAGUGAUGGAGUGCAGAGAGCCAAAGAGGUACUAGAAACCAUUUCAUGUUACCCAGAGAACAUGGAGGCCAAGGAGCUCAGGAGAAUCCUCACACAGCCGCACUUCAUGGCUUUGCUGCAGACCCACGAUGUCGUCGCCCACGAGGUCUACAGUGAUGAAGCACUAAGGGUGACGCCCCCGCCUACCUCGCCAUACCUUAACGGAGACUCUCCGGACAGCACUAACGGAGACAUGGACCUGGAGAACGUCACCCGGGUUCGCCUCGUCCAGUUCCAGAAGAACACAGAUGAGCCUAUGGGCAUUACGUUAAAAAUGAACGAACUCAAUCACUGCAUCGUAGCUCGCAUCAUGCACGGAGGGAUGAUCCAUCGACAAGGGACUCUGCACGUAGGAGACGAGAUCCGAGAGAUUAAUGGCAUCAGCGUUGCCAAUCAGACGGUGGAACAGCUCCAGAAGAUGCUGAGGGAGAUGAGAGGCAGCAUCACGUUCAAGAUCGUUCCCAGUUACCGCUCUCAGUCCAUGUCCUGUGAGAAAGAGUCGCCAGAUGUGUCCCGACAGUCGCCUGCAAACGGUCACGCCAGCGUUACCAGCUCCAUCCUGGACCUGCCGUCGACGAUCCAGCCUAAAGGCCGUCUGAUCUCCAGACCAGCUAUCAAGGACAAAUUGUCCAUCAAGAUUUACGUACGUGCUCAGUUCGAGUACGACCCGGCCAAAGAUGACCUCAUCCCGUGCAAGGAGGCCGGCAUCCGCUUCAGGGUGGGCGACAUCAUCCAGAUCAUCUCCAAGGACGACCACAACUGGUGGCAGGGGAAGCUGGAGAACACGAAGAACGGCACGGCGGGACUCAUCCCGUCACCUGAGCUGCAGGAGUGGCGUGUGGCGUGUAUAGCCAUGGAGAAGACCAAACAGGAGCAACAAGCCAGCUGCACCUGGUUUGGGAAGAAGAAGAAGCAGUAUAAAGACAAGUACCUGGCCAAACACAACGCAGUGUUCGACCAACUAGACCUGGUGACCUACGAGGAAGUGGUCAAACUGCCGUCGUUCAAAAGGAAAACCCUGGUUCUCCUCGGUGCUCAUGGAGUUGGCAGGAGGCACAUCAAGAACACACUCAUCACUAAACAUCCUGACCGCUUCGCCUACCCCAUCCCACACACGACACGGCCUCCGAAGAAGGACGAGGAGAACGGGAAGAACUACUACUUCGUCACACACGACCAGAUGAUGCAGGACAUCAGCAACAACGACUACCUGGAGUACGGCAGCCACGAGGACGCCAUGUACGGGACCAGGCUGGAGACCAUCCGGCAGAUCCACGCGCAGGGCAUGAUCUCCAUCCUGGACGUGGAACCGCAGACGUGUCCUCUCUCCCACCAGGCGCUCAAGAUCCUCAGGACGGCUGAGUUCGCUCCCUACGUCGUCUUCAUCGCCGCUCCCACCAUCACCCCUGGGAUGACCGAGGACGACUCUCUCCAGCGGCUGCAGAAGGAAUCCGAGAUGCUCCAGCGGACCUACGCUCACUACUUCGACCAGACCAUCAUCAACAACGAGAUCGACGACACCAUCCGGCUGCUGGAGGAGGCCGUGGACCUGGUGUCCACCACCGCCCAGUGGGUCCCCGUCUCCUGGGUCUACUGACACACGCUCAACGGCAACGACAGAUCGCCAUCGCCAUCUCUGAUCCGACUCGGAUGCUAAAAAAAAACCCUGGAUCACGUCGCUCUCAUCGGAAUCAUGCAUCUCUGUAGAUACACUGUUGCUGAAAAAGAGGGAAAUGAAGAAACUACAGACUCUGACGCCUCACUACAGAGACUUCACCCUGCCCCGCCCCUUUUUCUCAACAGCCUCAAAGGCAUAUUGAUGUGUACAUAUAUACAUAUAUAUAUAUAAAUGAUAAAAAACUACGUGGAUAUGGUUCUGUCCUUACAUAGUCGGCAGGCGGGGAGCGGAGGGGCAGUGUGGUAGAUAUUUUGUACUUUUCUUUUGUAACAGACGGACGGGUGGUAAUCCUGGGAAGGCAAUAGCGAGCAUGACCAUAAAGCAGUCUUAUGUGGGUGCCUGUGUGUGUGUUGACCUUUUAAAGGCACUUCUUGUGGUACUGUGUCCUCCUCUCCUCUCCGACGUCCCCCCUAAUCUCCUCGGCGCCUGUGACAAACGGGUCCGAGCUCUGAAGCACAUUAGAAGCUGCUAAAGUGGCGACAAGUAACUCCCUCAGCGACCGAUGCAAGUUUGAGAGAAGCAAAAAGCACAGGAGACUUGGCAGUUUCUUCUUCCUCACCCCCCUCCCUGUAUUUAUUUCUCUGGCCCUCUGUGCCUGUCAGUCUGUCGAAGGAGCACACCGCAUCCCUCCACGCUGUCUCUCCAUGUGUUGCUGUAGCUUCCCUUCCUGAUCGCCGAUGUUUACAUCUCAGUUUGCACAAAAACGGACAAUGAAGAAGACGCCGUGCACCGCCCUCCUGACGCCUGGCCCCUCUUUGCUUUCUCCUGUCUCUCCGUACCCUGACAUGCUUCACAGCGGACCGAUAUGACCACUAAACAAAAAAAACACACGGAAAGGAGGAACAUAAACUGUCCAAUCAGAGCCUCGGGAUGACGUCUGUAACACCUAUGCACACCCCUGGUUUCUGCCACGACUACAACUUUCUUCUUUCCUCCAAACAGUGAGCCAUGCUUGUUGAAAUCAGCGUGUCGUAGGAGUGUCUGUGUGGGAGGGGAGGGCCUCAUGUAGGUGGGAUUAAUCCAAUCUUAGAGCCACCGUUUUGGAACUGUUAACUGUCGUCUUAUAAAAUAUAAAAAGGAGUAUUCUUGUUUUGAGGGAGAGAAAAAUAACUCUAAAUUUUGUGUGUAAAUGUUUCAAUGGUGCGUACGUCAUACGAGUGAAUUACCAAGAGCCAGUGUAUAUUAAUCCUUAAAAGAAGCUCGGUAUGUGACAUAACCUCUUCAUGCUGCACCUGAAGUGCGGCACGGCGCCGCCUCGCCCGCAGGAAACUCAGCGUCCGGGUCGGCAGGUUCAGAGAAGUCUUAAAAAAAAGAAGAGUCCAGCUGUGAGGCGCGGCUGACGUCUGAGCCGCUUCAGGUGCAGCAUUUUCAUUUCAAGUCCUGUGUAAAUUACCUCUGCAAAUGACAAAAGCAGCUCUUCUGUAUGAAAUGUUGUUCUUUUUUUGUUAUUUCAUUUUUAAAAAAAUAUAUUUCCUUUUACGUGUUUAAAGUAAAA